CGGCUGCACAUGUGCUUUGCUUCUUGGGUUCAAGCUCUGGCCAUUUGUCAACUUCCCAAAAGCCAAUGCCAUUUGUUCUUAGUUUGAAUCGAGAGACCUAUUCUCCAUUAUACUGGUUUGUCAUCACUCGUAAUACACCCAAAACACCCGCCAAUCUCCAGGAUAUACAAAUCCGCCUUUCCUCUUCCCGAAAGUUCAAUAUCAAUGGCGUCCCAGGAAGAAGAGUUGACGCUAAAGCUGGAGUUAGCGUGCUCGGAUUUGAAAACCGUCCUUCAAACCUCGACCAAGAUGGAGGAUAGCCUGGAAAAGAUGGAUAAAAGGUUCGCUCUUAUAGAUGAAACUCUGUCAACAACCUCCAAAAGAGUAGCUCCUUUGCAAUCUUUGUCCAUGGCCUCAAAAGCCCUCGAAACAAGAAUCAACAGAGCGGUCUCUCCUGCUCUUGCUCUUCUCGAUUGCUUCAAACUCUCCGAGUCUCUCCAGCGCAAGAUCCUCGAAGUUUCCUCCAAAUUAUCCGCAGAGGAAAAGCCAAAGAAACGGCUCAAACUCUUGCUUAGGUACGUUGAUUGUGUGGAUAAGUUAAACGCGGCUAUAAACGCAAUUAGUCAAGAUGGUGAACCAGUGAUUCAGAAGCUACAGGAGGUGGUGGAGUUCUUGAGCAGGACUAAAGCCACGGAUCAGUAUAGGACUCAUAGGCUGAGACAGGCUUUGGUUACGCUCAAGGCUCUUUUUGAGUCUGAGGUUGAUGCUAUGAAAUUUGAUGGGUUGCUUGAUGAGGCUUUACUCAUUUUGCAAGAUCAAUAUGAGAGUAUAUUGCAUCAAUUAAAGCACCAAAAUAUUGGCGAGUCACAAGAGGAGGAUGGAGCUGAGAUAGGCCCAACUUCUGAUCUGGGUACAGAGCUGGAAAUUGAAAUUCUUAGAAGAAUUUCGGAAACCCUUGCGGCCAAUGAUUGUUUGGAUAUAUGCAUUGAUAUCUACAUCAAGGUGAGAUAUAGAAGAGCAGCAAAAGCAUUAAUGCGGCUGAACCCAGAUUAUUUGAGGACAUAUACUCCUGAAGAAAUCGACGAAAUGGAGUGGGAGAAUUUAGAGAUAGCCAUAAGCCUUUGGAUACAACACUUUGAACUUGCAGUGAAAACAGUUUUUCAAUCAGAAAAGAAGCUUAGCAACCAAAUUCUUGGGGGAAUUAUGGAUGGAGUUGUCUGGUUAGAAUGCUUUGUCAAGAUUGCAGACAAAAUCAUGGCAGUCUUCUUUCGAUUCGGAGAAGGCGUUGCAAGAAGCAGCAAAGAGCCUCAAAAGCUUUUCACGCUACUUGACAUGUUCGAUUCUCUGGAAAAGCUUCAAACAGAAUUCUCAGAAAUCUUUGAAAGUGAAGCCGGAGCUGAUAUUUGCACAAGAUUUAGAGAACUAGAAAAACUUCUCAUCCAUGCUUCAAGCAAAGUCUUUUGGGAGUUUGGCCUCCUAAUUGAAGGCAACUCAGAUGGUUUCCCACCACAACAAGAUAGUUCAGUCCCGAAACUUGUAAGAUACGCCAUUAAUUACCUCAAGUACCUAGCCGCUGAAAAUUACAGUGCACCCCUGGCCAAAGUUCUUCGCACAGAACAUAUAUGGAAAGCUGGCAUCUUCUCCAAACCCGAAACCGACGAAAAUUUAGUCAACGAUGCCAUUUCCAAUAUCAUGGAAGCACUUAAAAGAAACGUCGAAUCUAAAAGAUCACGUUACAAGGACAAAGUUGUACCCAAUGUCUUCGCCAUGAACACAUACUGGUAUAUUUACAUGAGAACAAGAAACACCGAGCUUGGUAAGCUACUUGGAGAGCAAUACAUGAAACAGAACUACAAGGCUGUAGCUGAGGAAUCAGCUUAUAUUUAUCAAAGGCAAGCUUGGGGACGUCUUGUAAGAUUGCUGGAAAUAAAAGAAGAUAUAAAAAGAUCACAGAACAGUAUUAACGAGGCCAUUGUAGCUUCUGCGAGAGGGAAAAUGGAAUCUUUCUUGAAGGGUUUUGAUGAAAUUGUGCAGAGGCAUGGAGGGUCUUAUUACGCCAUUCCUGAUGAUGAUUUGAGAGGGCAGAUUGGAGAAGCGACUGUGAAGCUAUUGGUUCCUGCUUACACCAAGUUCUUGGAAGUUUAUGGACCAGGGUUGGAAUUGGGAGGUGAAUCAUGUGUUAGUCCAGAAUCCAUAAAAGGGGUAUUGGCUCAAAUUUUCAACGGUGGUCAUCGUGUUGAUGAGGGGAAGUUGAAGAGACGUGAUAUUAAAGAUCUGACAAGUGGAACAACAUCGAUGUCAGUUGACGGUGAGAUCAAGGAUUUUCGAAGGUCUCGAUCAAAUAUCGAUAUGUAGAAUUUCUUUCCUUCUUUAACUUUUUUUU